GUGAUCGAGGGGCCUGAGGGCGGGGCGGGGAGCAGGCCGGGGGCUGCGGGGAGGGCACGCUUCCCGCGGGCGCGCGGAGCGAGGACGGUGACAGCCACGCGCGCACGUGCGCGCCCGGCUGCAGCGCAGCCCCGAGACCUCCGUCGGCAGCUGAGAGGCAAGCGGGGUCUGGGCCGCCGCCGUCUAGGGGCCCCGUCCCCGGGUGUCUCCGGCGUGCCCGGCCCGAGUCCCGGCGAGCCGGGCCGUGCCCGCCCCGUCGGGCCCCGAUAGCAAUCGCUUCCCGCGGCCGUCAGGGCGCGCCUCCCAACUACCCUUUCCGUUCCCAGGGCAGGGUCCUCGCGGCCCAUGCUGGCCGCUGGGGGCCCGCGCCGCUCAGACAGCUCCAGGGCCGGCCUGCCGGCCACCAUGGUGGCCCUGAGGCCUGUGCGGCUUCUCCAGGGAGGCUAAAAGGUCCAGAGCGCAGGCCUCGGGGCGCGAGGGUCCCGGGCCUGAGCCCCGCGCCGCGACAUGGCCGGGGCCAUCGCUUCCCGAAUGAGCUUCAGCUCGCUCAAGAGGAAGCAGCCUAAGACGUUCACCGUGCGGAUUGUCACCAUGGACGCGGAGAUGGAGUUCAAUUGCGAGAUGAAGUGGAAGGGGAAGGACCUCUUUGACUUGGUGUGCCGGACCCUGGGGCUUCGGGAAACCUGGUUCUUUGGACUGCAGUACACGAUCAAGGACACUGUGGCCUGGCUCAAGAUGGACAAGAAGGUGCUGGAUCAUGACGUUUCCAAGGACGAGCCGGUCACCUUUCUCUUCCUGGCCAAAUUUUAUCCCGAGAAUGCCGAGGAGGAGCUGGUUCAGGAGAUCACACAGCAUUUAUUCUUCUUGCAGGUAAAGAAGCAGAUUUUAGAUGAAAAGAUCUACUGCCCUCCUGAGGCUUCCGUGCUCCUGGCUUCAUACGCUGUCCAGGCCAAGUACGGCGACUACGACCCCUCUGUGCACAAGCGGGGAUUUUUGGCCCAAGAGGAAUUGCUUCCAAAAAGGGUAAUAAAUCUGUAUCAGAUGACUCCAGAAAUGUGGGAGGAGAGAAUCACAGCCUGGUACGCGGAGCACCGGGGCCGAGCCAGGGACGAAGCUGAGAUGGAGUAUUUGAAGAUUGCUCAGGACCUGGAGAUGUACGGUGUGAACUACUUUACAAUCCGGAAUAAAAAGGGCACGGAACUGCUGCUUGGAGUGGAUGCUUUGGGGCUUCACAUCUACGACCCUGAGAACAGGCUGACCCCCAAGAUCUCCUUCCCGUGGAACGAAAUCCGAAACAUCUCCUACAGCGACAAGGAGUUUACUAUUAAGCCAUUGGAUAAGAAAAUUGAUGUCUUCAAAUUUAACUCCUCGAAGCUUCGUGUUAAUAAGCUGAUUCUCCAGCUGUGUAUCGGGAACCAUGACCUCUUCAUGCGGAGAAGGAAGGCUGAUUCUUUGGAAGUUCAGCAGAUGAAAGCCCAGGCCAGGGAGGAGAAGGCGCGAAAGCAGAUGGAGCGGCAGCGCCUCGCUCGUGAGAAGCAGAUGAGGGAGGAGGCUGAGCGCACCAGGGACGAGCUGGAGAGGAGGCUCCUGCAGAUGAAGGAAGAGGCGACGAUGGCCAACGAAGCCCUGAUGCGAUCUGAGGAGACGGCCGACCUGUUGGCUGAAAAGGCCCAAAUCACCGAGGAGGAGGCGAAGCUCCUGGCGCAGAAGGCGGCAGAGGCGGAACAGGAGAUGCAGCGCAUCAAGGCCACGGCCAUCCGGACGGAGGAGGAGAAGCGCCUGAUGGAGCAGAAGGUGCUGGAGGCUGAGGUGCUGGCGCUGAAGAUGGCUGAGGAGUCGGAGAGGAGGGCCAAGGAGGCAGAUCAGCUGAAGCAGGACCUGCAGGAAGCCCGCGAGGCAGAGCGAAGAGCCAAGCAGAAGCUCCUGGAAAUCACCACCAAGUCCACGUACCCGCCCAUGAACCCCAUCCCAGCACCACUGCCUCCCGACAUACCAAGCUUCAACCUCAUUGGCGACAGCCUGUCUUUUGACUUCAAGGAUACUGACAUGAAGCGGCUCUCCAUGGAGAUAGAGAAAGAAAAAGUGGAGUACAUGGAGAAGAGCAAGCACCUGCAGGAGCAGCUCAACGAGCUCAAGACGGAGAUCGAGGCCUUGAAGCUCAAAGAGCGGGAGACGGCCUUGGACAUUCUGCACAACGAGAACUCCGACCGGGGCGGCACCAGCAGCAAGCACAACACCAUCAGAAAGCCUCAAGCCCAAGGCAGAAGACCUAUCUGCAUUUGAGCCCUCAAACUGACCUUGCAGAGCGCCAAGUCUCGAGUGGCCUUCUUUGAAGAGCUCUAGCAGGUGACCCAGCCACUCCAGCAUCGGCCACUUCUGCUCCCGGCACCGACAGGCCGGAUUGGACGCCGUGGGAGCGUCUGAAGGUGGGCUGGCGGGGAGCUUCCGUGGGAGCUCUGGAGUUUCUCCCAGCUGAGCAGAGCCUGGCCUCCUCCAUGUGCAAUUGCCUUGAACUAGGACCCUGCAGAGUUCUGUCAUUGGACUCUGGUUCUCCUGACCUGAGUCUUUGAGUUUUGUAAGUGUUUGUCUUCCCUCGUCUGAUGUGGGGUCCCAAGCUUCCUGCGUCCAAACCCCCCUGGGGUGUGUCUUACUGUCCAGCACUGACCACCCCCCCCACCCUGCCCCUAGCCCAGGCUGGGGGGUAGCUGAAGGCACAGGCUUCCCAGAGACCAGAAGGCUGGUGCCAUCCCCCCUUCCCCUGGGUUCCAGAACAUUCACCUCCUUCCCUGAUGAGGAACUGGCAUGGCCCACCCGAGCCCAGGCCCAGAGCGGCCUGCCAUCUUCACGUCACGGGAGAGCUUGCCCUAGGUUCACGGCAGGCCAGGUGCUGGGUCCUCGGCCCAGGCACCCCAGAGGCAGGGCUCUGGCUGCCCACUGGUGGAGAACGGGAAAGGCAGCUGUGCCCAAGGGAGGACUAGGCAGAAGCUGUGAUGGAGGGCUGGUGGCCAGCAGAGGGCCCAGGAGGCCAGCAGAGCCACGGGAGAGCCUGCACCACAGAUCAUGCACUGCCAGCCGGCUGCCACCCCGACCCGGGUCUGAGAACCAGGCAUGGCCCCAGGUCUUUCCCAGGCCUCUCCAGCUGUGGUGGGUCUUUACCAGCCUCCUCUGGCUGUGGCCUCUGCUGCACGUGGCAGGCAGGGGACGCCCCAUCACUCUGGUCAUCACCUGGUAGCCCAGCCAUGAUGGGGGGGUCUCUGUAGGGCUCUGGGGGCCUGACACCCAGCUCCCCCCAGCCCCAGGCUGCAUUGUUGACCUGAGUCCUCUUUCCUCCUGGCUACAUGCCAGCAAGGUCCUCCCAACCAAUCCCUGUACCUGGGCCUCCUUGGCCAUUGUCCUCAUCUCUUUGAGGGCCGUGCAGGGUCCCUCUGUGCCCCACCCAGUGCCAGCCAGAUGCAGCUGACCCCUCACAGUCAGUGCUCUGCACCUGCUGGUGUGUGAGCCCCUGCAUGCCAGGCGGCAGCAGGUCACAGAGCCACCCCACGGCCAAUACCCACUCCUUAAUUUAAGGCCACUUUCCUGCCCUUUUUUCCCCUCUGCAGCCGGUGUGCUGCUGUGACCUGCUGGGCUGUUCACAUCCUUCCAUGCAGAGCUGGGUAUGCUAUGCAGAGCUGGGGAUGAGUCUUAGUGAAAAGACGCUUACUGAAUGAAGACGUGAGGGCCCAGAGAUAUCCUGUGAGCAGAGGUGGUGUCUGGCAAUCCCUGGUUUUGAGAAACUGAGAAGCUCACAGAUACCCUGCCUUUUUCCAGUAGUCAAGCUGACCAAGCGGUGUCCUAGGGCUGGUCUCCGCCUUCUUGGGCCACCUUGCCCAGAGGAAGCCAGCCCUGUGUGUCACCCUAGUCCCUUAGGACAUGCAGGGUGGAACCCCAAAUCUGGACACUAAGCCUGAACGGCUGUGGCUGGAAGGUUCCCUCGUGUCUCCCUGUCUCUCCAAGGCCUCUUCCUCAGACACGGUCCCAGCAGGGGUCCUCAGGCAUUUGUAAGGGAAGGUCUGGCGGUUGUGAGGCUGUCUCCUCAGGCUCACCCACCCCUGACCUGUAAAUUCAGUCUGUGACAGUGGCAGUGGGCACAGUGUGGUGGCCGUUUAUAAAAACGUCAGCCUUUGCUGUUUUGUUAUUUAACUGCUGUGUGGGAAAUGCCAAGCCAGGCGGCCAUGGGGGAGCUGAUGGGCAUCUGAGCCGUGGAGGGACCAUCCUGUGGCCCGGAGCAGACCCGGUAGGGCUGUCUCAGCCCUCCUGGGGGACAAGAGCUGGCCUGUCCUCCCAAAGAUGGAUAAGUGAAGAGCAUGGUGGCCCUCAGAAAGGUCUCGGGCUCAGCAGAAGAAGGAAUGAGUGAGGAGCUGGGUUUCCAGAGACUUGUGCCAGUGGCCGAGGUGACUGAGUUCUCAGUGAACAAUUUUAGGGCCUAGGAGCUUAUUGAGUAAGGAAGCCUCUGACCUCCACUGAGAGCAGGGCCCUGGCCGUGAUGUUUCAGUCCAAGUGCUUCCUAUGGUCCUCAGUUAGAAACACGGUGCUGGCGACACUCGGCUGUUCCACACAGGCCACCUCAUUGACCCCGAUCGCGGCCCCACCUCAGUCGCAGUGGCUCUGACCCUUGCUGUGCCCGCCGGGCCCUGCUCCACAGGCAUCAUAUAACACUUCUUGAGUGACUGCGCCUUGUAGUCUUGGGGACAGCUUUCUCUCUCCCUCUCUUUUCUCUUUCAAAUCAAACAGCAAGUCCUGAGGCUGACAUCUGGCAACCUGACCCGGUAUUGCUCGUUGGCAGGGCUGGGGCCUGGGGAGAUGCCCUCUGCCAGCUGCCCAGGGGCCAGGCCGGCCCCUCUGGGCUUCCUGGGAAGCUCUUGUCAAAGACGGCAAACCACACUUCUUUCUGUGGGGCCCGAGUCCCGCCUCCUGUCAGGGCCAGACCAGGGAAGGCUCUUUUCUAUUCUGGGGGAUUGUUAUAAUUUAAAUGAUUUGUUUUAAUAAAAAUUAUAAGCUGUAAAAAAUUCA